AUGAGCACGAUCCUUGUUUUCGAGACUUUGUCUACCAAAGUCGUCUAUCUAGCCAGUAAAGCUACCUGCGAAGAUGUGUGGGAUGGAGUGGAUUUCACACCUUGCUUCAAGGACAGGUAUAUAUCCAAUGUUCCCUUCAUCCUUAUCGCUCUCUCCGCCAUCUAUAUCUUCUGCAUCACUGUUCUGCCCCGUUAUCUCUCCUCCCCACCUUACGCCCCAGUAACAGCAGAAACCCUCAUCUCGCCUUCAGCAACCUCCGAUCUCGCUAAACUCGAGUCUAACGUCAUUCUGGAUUCAGUCGCCUCGAACCUUUUAUCCUCCAGCAAAGUCUCGGCUGGAAAAGGGAGAUUGACAGAUGGAGAAGCUGAGCAGGUUGUCAAUGACUGGAAAAGUGCUAGCCAGAAGAAGGAGUCGAAGUGGAGGAGAUUUAGGUUCUGGGUUGGUUUGAUAGGCGCUUUAGCUUGGUUCGAGCUGGAGAUCGCUAGAGGCGCUAUAGAAGGUAGCUGGAGGGAUAUUGUGUUUCCGGCAUGGCUGGCUUUGAUAGCUCUCAUCCCCUCAUCUCCAUUGACAGCUGUCCUUACCUUCCAUAUCCUCCCUUCACUAAUCCUUUUUCGCUCGAAUAUCAUCCAAACUCACACUUCGUCCCUCAAGAUCGCUAGUGGUAUUGUAGAAGUGGUGUAUUGGGUAGCGUUGAUCAGUAUACCGUAUUCAGAAGAGUUGGAUCGAUUAUUGAUUGGUGGUGUAUCUCAAGGAGGUGGUAGUUCAGGCAGCUAUGGAGAAAAAUUACCAAAACAUUGUGAAGAGCCUACUUCAACCUUUUCUAGGGCAACUUACUCCUUCCUCCUCCCGUUGCUGUUCAAACAUUAUUUCAAGCCAAUCACCCUCAAAGAUAUCCCAGCUAUAAGAGAAGAUGAUUCCGCUUCAUCCUCGCUUGGUGCUUUCAGAGCGUAUAGAGCUGGAAGGGACAAGGCGCACUUGGCGAAGACUGGAGAUAAAAGGAUACGGAAUCUGGGUACGGAUUUGUUCUGGUUCUUCUUCCCUGAAUUGGCAAUGCAGUCUAUCUGGGCUAUCGUGUUUGUCAUCUUCCAAUACCUUCCCCCGACCGGUCUUCGACUGUUGCUCCAAUACGUGAAAGAACGCGAUACAUCGUCUCAACCUGCACACGUCGCGGUGCUUUAUGUAGCUAUGAUGGCUGGUGGACAGAUCCUGAGCGUCAUCUUAAUGGGUCAAUCAUUGUUCAUCGGUCGACGUCUAUGUAUCCGACUAAGAGCAAUCAUCAUAUCUGAUGUUUUCGCCAAAGCGCUUCGAAGGCGUGAUCUGUCAGGGAACGUCAAAAAGAACAAGGUCGAUAAGAAUGGUAAAGUCAUUGAAGAUCCCGAAGCAUCCGCAACUGAAGGUAAAAUAGCGAAUCUGGUAUCAGUCGACGCAUUUACGAUAUCAGAGAUAUGCGCCUACAUAUACUACCUUGUAUCUUGUCCUUUUGCGGUUAUACUCAACUCAUACCUCCUGUACAAAACAUUAGGAGCAGCUUCUUUCGCUGGUACGGCGGUUCUCAUUGCUCUCAUGCCUCUUCAAGGUUUGAUCGGACGGCUGUAUACGAUAUACCAAAAACGAUUUAUGGCUGCUACAGAUGCUCGAUUGGAAAGUGUUACCGAAGUCAUUGCCCAUAUCAAGCUUAUCAAAUUCAAUGCAUGGGAAGAUAAGUUUUUCGAACGCAUGGGUAUAACUAGAAAGAAGGAACUGGCGGUCUUGGCACUUCGAUUCGCUACCACCACUUUAUUCCAGGUUUUCGUUUGGGGUACACCGGUCUUGGUAACUGGUGUAGCUUUUGCUGUACAUAGUAUGGUCCUCAAGCAACCUCUCACGGCUGAUAGAGCUUUCGCCUCUUUGAUCUUGUUCAAUAUGCUUAAGGACCCCUUGGCGUUAUUUCAAGAUACACUGACUCGACUCCUUCAAGCCUAUACCUCCUGUGGACGAAUUCAAGCAUAUCUCGACGAACCCGAUACACUCAAAUACAGACAGCUCUCUACCCCUGGUCCAGGAGAACCAUCUAUCGGUUUCAAAAAUGCCAUUCUUGGAUAUGCAACUCACGAGGAUCUACAUCAACUUGCCGAUGAUGAUGCCGAGCCAUUCGUUCUUGGUGAAUUAGAUUUAUCAUUCCCUGUAGGAGGGCUGAGUCUUAUUGCCGGACCGGUCGGAUCCGGUAAAACUACCUUAAUCCUUGGUUUAUUAGGUGAAGCGAUGUUAUUACAAGGAAAAGUGUUUAUGCCUGAUGAUCAUGCCAAUCGAGAUAUCUGUCCUAUCGACCCCUCGACCGGUCUGGCAGAUACGAUUGCCUACUGUUCUCAGACACCGUGGUUGAUUGGUGCGUCCAUCAAGGAAAACAUCGUCUUUGGCUCACAUUGGGACUCGAAGAGAUACAACGCUGUAGUAGAUGCCUGUGCUUUGCGAAGGGAUUUCGAGAUAUUCGAAUUAGGUGAUGAGACUGAAGUAGGAGAAAAGGGAACAACAUGCUCAGGUGGACAAAAAGCCCGAAUCGCCCUCGCCAGAGCUAUCUAUUCACCUGCGAAGACUAUUAUACUGGAUGAUGUCCUCUCUGCAGUAGAUGCUCAAACUGCCCGACAUCUCUUUGAUUAUGUUCUCCAAGGCAAGCUCAUUGAAGGUCGGACCGUAAUUAUGGUGACCCAUCAAGUGAAUUUGGUCGCUCCUGCAUCGAAAUUCAUCGUCAUGUUGGAAAAUGGUGGAAUGGUAGCAUCUGGGACACCCAACGAACUUGCUUCAGAAGGUUUACUAGAUCUACAUGGAAGUGGAAGUAACAGUGGACCAUCUACACCAACAGCUACUGGCAGUUCUUCAACGUUCACUUCGUCCGAUCAACCUCCAUCCGACAACAAAGCGGAAGACCUCAUCGAACCUGUAUUAGAUGAACAACCUACCGAGAUAUCAGAAGGGAAAAAACAACUCGAAGUGGAUAAAGCCGUUGAAGAGACCUCGGAAGAGGUCAAAUUGGAUAAACAGCUAGUCGCCGCUGAGAGCUCAGGUCAGGGGAUGGUCGGAAUAGGGACGUAUUGGUUAUACUUCAAAUCGAUGGGAUCGGGCAUGUUCUGGUUUAUCGUCAUCUUUGCGUUCCUGGGUAGUCAGGUAUUACAAAUUGCUAAUAAUACUUGGAUCAAAGAAUGGGCUAAUUCAAAUGAUCAUCCGACGACUUCGACUUUGUCAACGAUAUUGAAAUCCAGGCGGAUGGUGAUAGAAGAAGUACAUAGUCAAUUGGCCAAACCACGCUCUACGUUAUUCUACCUUACGGUCUAUUGGGGUAUCUCAGCAUGUUAUGUCCUGGCUGUAGCUGGACGAGUUGGAAUUACGUUCUUUGGUGCUUUAACCGCAAGUCAGAGUUUGUACUCGAAAUUGGUGAGAAGAAUCUUAGGUGCGAAGAUGAGAUUCUUCGAUUCUACACCUUCUGGUCGGAUCAUGAACAGGUUGAGUAAAGAUAUGUCUUCGAUAGAUCAGGAAGCCGGUGAAAUUUUGAUGUACUUUGCCAACUCGUGUUUGUCGGCUGCUGCUAUCCUGGUCGUUGUGACUGUGUCAACCCCCGCAUUCCUCGUCGCCCUGGUUCUGAUCGUACUGGCUUAUUGGUUGCUCGGCUCUUUGUAUGUGACCACCAAUAGAGAGAUUAAACGGAUUGAUAGCGUUACUAGAUCACCCAUUUUCAUCUCAUUCUCAGAAGUUUUGGUGGGGAUGUCAACGAUCAGAUCAUAUGGUGACAGUGCGAGAUUCAUGCGGAAAUUGUUCCAUGAGAUCGAUCAGAAUACACGAUGUUUCUGGUACUUAUGGCAGAUCAACCGACUUCUCAACAAUUUCUCAAAUUUUAUAGGAGCAUUCGUCACUAUCUUCGCGGCUGUAUUUGCUUUGAGGAACCCUAAAAUGGACGCUGGUGCUGUUGGAUUGUCCAUAACUUACGCUUUAUCGUUCACUGAAUACGUACUUUGGGUGGUAAGGCUUUAUGCGGCUAGUGAGAUGAGUAUGAAUAGUGUCGAGAGGGUUGGAGAAUACCUCGAACUUGAAGUGGAAGAAGAAGAACAUGCUAAAGGGAUCGAACCGCCCGCUCAUUGGCCAUCUAGAGAAGGAAGUGUGAUUGUAGAAGAUCUUACUUGCAGAUAUGCCCCACAGCUUGACCCCGUACUUCAAGGUGUAUCUUUCACCAUUGGACCGAGAGAAAAGAUUGGUGUUUGUGGUAGAACAGGAUCAGGAAAGAGUACUCUUGCCUUGUCGUUCUUCCGAUUCUUACAUCAAGAUGGGGGUAAAAUUAUCAUCGAUGGAUUGGAUAUCUCUAAACUUAGUUUGAACGCAUUGAGAUCUAGAUUAACUAUAUUACCUCAAGAAGCCCAGCUAUUCUCUGGAACUGUCCGAGACAAUUUGGAUCCCUUCGAUCAACAUUCCGACGAAGCUAUAUGGGAAGCUCUAUCUCAAUGUGGUUUAAUCAACACGAAAUCAAGGAAUCCAUCGAGGGUACAAUCAAAAUCGGAUUUAACGGCCUUGACACCUACCAAGACGCCUAGCAAGAGGACUUUGAGAGGUCAGGCGAGUGUGAGGAGUCUGAUGAAGAAAGUGGAUAAGAAGUUGGAAACUCUACAAACCCCCUCGGGAUUAGGGGAGGAAGAAGUAGGAGAGGAAGAAGAGAGAGUUAUGAUUAGGAGUUUGGAGGAGAAAGUAGCUGUGGGAGGAAAGAAUUUCAGUCAAGGUCAAAGACAGCUUUUGGCACUAGCAAGAGGACUACUCAAACUUCGAUCUUCAUCUUUCCUGAUCAUGGACGAAUCGACUGCGAACCUCGAUCAUGCUACCGAUGCGACCAUACAGAACGUAUUGAGAUCGGAGAUGAAAGAUGUACAGAUGAUUGUUAUCGCUCAUAGACUGAUGACUGUUUGUGGGUUGGAUAAGAUAUUGGUACUGGACCACGGAAAAGUGAUUGAAUUCGGGACACCCUACGAGCUUAUGCAAAGAGAGAAUGGAUCAUUUAGGGACUUGUGCAGACAAUCAGGAGAAGAGACGCAAUUAUUGGAAUUGGCAAAACAGGUUCAUAAGGCUAAACUGAAUAGGGAUAGAACACCAUAG